AUGAUAAAAUCACUAAUCAAGGAGGUUCUCCUAAAUAUUAUUCAGGAAAUGAUAUUAAAGCGUAUUAAAAAACAACUUUCUCUAUCACAUUUCAGAAUUCAAUUUGAUCUUGGGGGUCUUCAAGUAAACUUUUCAGCUUACGAAAUGAGUUUGAAGUCUCUUCAAGUGUAUAUAAAUGGUCAAUCACGCUGUGAAAAUGAAUUGGGAAAAUUAUUAAAUGCUUCUUAUGAAAGUCAGAAGUGGGCACAAGACGUGCUUAGCUUUUGGGGUGAUCCUUCCAAAGCUUUGAUGAAUUCAAGUUUGUUUGAUUUCGGACAGUUCAACGAUUGUAUCAGAUAUCAACAUGAAUCUUUCAGAGGAAAGUAUUGCAUUGCAAAGUUUUUGGCAGCGAAAGUGAAGACAAAUAAAGUUAAUAUUGAAGAUUCUCAUCCAAUUUGGAUAUCGCUAACGAAAAUAACAAAAGAUUUCAAAUCUGGUUUAUGUGUUCCUAGCGUUUGUAAAGAAGAUGAGUUACAUAAAAUUGGAAAGGAUUUGAUUAAUCAACACGAUGUUCAAUUAGGUAACGUGCAAUGUUAUGCGCCUUGUACUUUCACAAGAAUUGAUUACGUGUUUAUGUCCAUUUUAUUGACACUAACGUUACUCGUUCUGUUUGCAACAUUCUGUGAAAGUUUUCUGAGAAAAUCGAAGAAGAACUCAAAUACAUUUUUAUCUUCCUUUUCAAUUAUUACAAAUUUCAAAGAACUAGUAACGGUGAACAAGGAUCCUGCAAUCAUUCGAUGUAUCGAUGGAAUAAAAGUUUUGACAGCUGUUUGGGUCAUUAUUGGUCAUAGAAAUUAUUUUAUAUCUGAUCUUUUUGGUGAUAACACAAAUAUGCCAAAUAGAAAUCUAUGGGAAUCAACAAUAAAUAAUUUCAUGACCAGAUACGUUCGUGCUGUGGACACAUUUUUAGCAUGUUCGGCUAUUCUUACCGUUCAAACGUUUUUCAAACUACUCGACAGGUGA